AGACGGCGACGGGGGAGGGAGGGCGCGGGUUAAUAUUGUGCAGGGAAAUGAUGAAUGCAAUUUCGAGGAAUUUGAGGGUUACAUUCGGCGAAGGCAGCGUGGAGAGUCUGCGAAUUACAAUGUUGGGUGGAACUGAGAAGGUGGUCAUAUUGGGCGGGGGACGGUGAGCGAUCAGGGCCAAACUGGCUAUGAAUAAUUCCAAGUGGUGAUCAAUAGGAAUUAUGGAAAUCACGCGGCCCGCAGCAGUAAACGAGAAAUUACCAACGCUCACCUCUCGCCCUAACAUCUCACCGCCUGUUUCCCCUCGCCAACAGCGCGAGUGUCUUUCAAUCCACAUCGGCCAGGCUGGCGUCCAGGUUGGCAACGCUUGCUGGGAGUUGUAUUGCCUGGAGCACGGGAUCCAACCGGAUGGACAGAUGCCCAGCGACUCGACCAUCGGAGGCGGGGACGAUUCGUUCAACACCUUCUUCAGCGAGACGGGUGCGGGCAAGCACGUACCAAGGGCCGUGUUCAUCGACCUGGAGCCCACGGUGAUCGAUGAGGUGCGGACCGGCACCUACCGCCAGCUCUUCCACCCCGAGCAGCUCAUCACCGGCAAGGAGGACGCGGCCAAUAACUACGCCCGGGGCCACUGCUCCAUCGGCAAGGAGAUCGUGGACCUGGUCCUGGAUCGCAUCCGGAAGCUGGCCGAUCUCUGCACCGGACUGCAGGGGUUCCUCAUCUUCCACAGUUUCGGUGGCGGCACCGGCUCGGGCUUCACCUCCCUCCUCAUGGAGAGACUCUCCGUCGACUACGGCAAGAAAUCCAAGCUGGAGUUUUCCGUCUACCCGGCGCCGCAGAUCUCCACCGCAGUGGUCGAGCCCUACAACGCGGUGCUGGUCACCCACUGCACCCUGGAGCACUCCGACUGCGCCUUCAUGAUGGACAACGAGGCCAUUUACGACGUGUGUCGGCGGAACCUGGACAUCGAGCGCCCCACCUACACCAACCUCAACCGCCUGAUGGCACAGUUAGUGUCGUCUAUCACCGCCUCGCUGCGCUUCGACGGCGCUCUCAACGUGGACCUGACUGAGUUCCAAACCAAUCUGGUUCCCUACCCGCGCAUCCACUUUCCGCUCAUCACCUACGCUCCCAUUAUUUCUGCAGAGAAGGCUUACCAUGAGGAACUGUCCGUCUCCCAAUUGACCAACGCCUGCUUCGAGCCGGCCAACCAGUUGGUGAAGUGCGACCCUCGCCAGGGGAAGUACAUGGCGUGCUGUAUGCUGUACCGCGGGGACGUGGUGCCCAAGGACGUCAACGCUUCCAUCGCCACCAUCAAGACAAAGCGCUCCAUCCAGUUCGUGGACUGGUGCCCGACCGGGUUCAAGGUGGGUAUCAACUACCAGCCCCCGACGGUGGUGCCGGGAGGCGACCUGGCCAAGGUGCAACGUGCCCUCUGCAUGCUGAGCAACACCACCGCCAUCUCCAUGGCCUGGACCCGCCUCAACCUCAAGUUCGACAAGAUGUACGCCAAGCGGGCCUUUGUCCACUGGUACGUGGGAGAGGGUCUGGAGGAAGGAGAGUUCCAGGACGCGCGGGAGGACAUGGCGUCGCUGGAGAAGGACUACCAGGAGGUGGCCGUGGAUUCCGCCGACCUCGAGAGAAGGGGGGAAGAGGAAGAAUAAAAUGUUUUAAUUUAGUAGUUGAAAGUUUAAUUUAAUACAGAUUUAAGAGAUUAUAUUGAUAGAUAUUAUACUUAUGAUGAUAAAAUUAUUUUAAGGACCGAUUGUUUUGUCGAUUUAUUUGAGAAGUCGGAGAAUGGAAAAUAACAACAUUGUUAGGCAGAACGUGGGAAGAUUAAUUUGGGAGCAGCUGUUCGUAUGUAAGUCCUCAUCCUACCUGUAGCAGUCAUUUAAAGGCGAGGUGAUGGGAAUUCAGUUCUGGCGUGCUCCACAGAACACGAAGGAUGUGGAUGGCGGUUUCCCUGAAGCUUGGAUGGUAAAUUCAGUCAAUAAGAAAAGAGGAAACUACCUCGGCGGCGCAGCGACACAGCUGGUGCUUUACAGCGCCAGAGACACGGGUUCGAUUCUGACUACUGGUUCUUAUCUGCGCGGAGUUUGUAUGUUCUCCCUGUCAUCGCGUCGGAUUUCCCAGCGUGCUCCGGCUUCCUCACGCACUCCAAAGUCUUAAAGGUUCGCAGAUUAAUUUUGCAUCUGCAAAUUGUCCCUAGUUUGUCGGAUAAUUUUGUGGUAGGGGAAUUGCUGGUCGCCGCACGCUCGGCCAGACGACGGGACUCUUUUCGCGCUGUAUCUCUGAAAAACAAAAAACACUUGAAGGAAACUGAUGAGUCUGAAGUAGGGCCUCGAAUCGAAACGUCACCUAUUCCUUUUCUCCAGAAAUGCUUCCUGACCGCGGCUAUUGCAGCAUUUUGUGUCUAUCUUCGGCGGUAAACCAGCAUCUGUAGUUCAUUCCCACACACAAUGAAAUACAAGUAAGUUUUAGGAUGUUGAGAUGGGACAGAGUCCCGAUGGAAUAUACAAAACGGAGCAAAGCACUUAGGUAAAUCAUCGGGAAGGUCAAAUGUCUUUGGCCACUGGGAAUAUGAAACAUCUCAUGGGGUUUCAACUAUAUAUGGAUUUUACGAGGGGAGACGGGGAGAGGGUAGGACCAUUAAUAGGUGAUGGAAUUUAAUACUGAGAAGUGUGAGGUGUUGCAUUUUGGGACGUCGAACAAGGGAAAGAGCUACACAGUAAAUGGCAAUGCUCUGAGGAAUAUUGUGGGGCAGAGGGUUCUAGGCGUGCAGGUGCACGGUUCCUUAAAGGUGGAGUUUUAGUUAGAUAAGGUAGUCAAACAGGCUAAUGGCACAUUGACCUUUAUCAGUCAGUGAGUAUAUGGAAGUUGGGAGGUCAUGUUGCAGUUGCAUAAGUCGUUGGUGGGACCGCAUUUAGAAUAUUGUGCCCUAUUUUUGGGCACCAUGUUAUAGGAAAGAUAUGUUCAAGCUUGAAAGGGUUCAGAAACGAUUCACGAGGAUGUUGCCAGGACUAGAAGGUGUGAGCUAUAAGAGAGGUUGGGUGGGUUGGGUCUCUAUUCCUUGGGGCGCAGGAAGAUGAGAGGUGAUCUUACAGAGGUGUACAAACUAAUGUGAGGAAUAGAUCGGGUAGAUGCACAAUCUCUUGUCCAGAGCAGGCUAAAUCGAGAACCAGACCACACGGGUUCAAGGUGAACGGGAAAAUAUUUAAUAGGAAUCCGAGGGGCAACGCUUGCUGGGAGCUGUACUGCCUGGAGCACGGGAUCUUGCCGAAUGGACAGAUGCCCAGCGACAAGACCAU